AUGGAAGCAGAGCAGGUGCCGUCGCCCCUGGUGCUGUGGGGGUCCAUCUACACCAUGAACCCCAGCGCACCCUGGGCUGAGGCUGUGGUGGUCCUCGAAGGGCGCAUUGCCUUCGAGGGAUCGCGAGAGUAUCUCACCGCCGACGCCAAGGUCAUCGACGUGUCCUCUUUGCCAGAGGGCGGCCUCAUUCUGCCCGGCUUCCAGGACGCUCACGUCCACCCGCUCAGCGGAAUGAUCAUCGAACAGAGCUGUGACAUGGCUCGCUGCGGCGGGCUCGAACCGGCGCUUGCUUUGGUUGAGGAGUACGCUGCGGACCACCCGGAGAUGGAGUGGAUUGUGGGCGGCGGGUGGGACAUGUCGUGGUUCCCCGACGGGCUCUCCCUGGCCAGCGUGCUCGAUCGGGUGAUGGCCGACCGACCAGCCGUGUUCAGACGCGUCGACGGACACGCCGUGUGGGCCAACACUGCAGCGAUGCAAGCGAUCGAUGUGUACCACAAGGACUUCCCAGAUCCGCCCCACGGUCGGAUCGACAAGGAUCCACACACCGGACUGCCGAUCGGCUCUUUCCAGGAGCAGGCCGGAGAUCUGUUUCAAAAGCACAUUCCGCCGCUCCCCAUGGCGGCCCGAGUCGAGGCGCUGGAGCUCGGCAUGAAGCGCAUGGCCAGCCUCGGCAUUACUGCGUUCCAGGACGCGUUGAUUCGAGGACCCAACAUUCACGCCUACGAGGAAGCGAUUCGAGAUCCGAAGCGGUUCCCGCUCAAGUGCUCCGUGUGCCUGUGGUGGGACUUCCACCACGCCGAGGGCACGUCGAGCGACUACGCCAAGCUGAUCGAAAAGACCGACAACAAGCUCGUGCGCGUGAACACCAUCAAGCUCAUGCUCGAUGGCGUGAUGGAAACCAAAACCGCCUACCUUCAUGAACCGUACUGCAGCUGCCACGUGAAGUCGGGCGAGGCUCACAAGAGCCACGAGGCCGACCAUCGAGGCAUCACCAAUUUUCCCAGGGACUACCUCCACAUGGUGACCGCUGCCGCCGACAACGCCGGAUUCCAGAUUCACUGCCAUUCGAUCGGCGACAAUGCGCUCUCGGACGUGUUGGACGCGUUCGAACAGAUCAAGAAGGAGCGCGAGGCGCGGGGCGAGUGGGAGGGCUGCGACCUGCGGCAUCAGGUGGCCCAUCUGCAGGUCGUGCGACCGGUCGACGUCCCGCGAUUCAAGGCGCUCGACGUCAUCGCCAACUUCCAGCCCUACUGGUCGUUCAAGGACACGUGGAUGAUCUACCCCAUACGUGAGGUUCUCGACACCGGCGCGCACGUCUGUUUUGGAAGCGAUUGGUUCGUGUCUUCGCUGAAUCCGCUCGACGGCAUCGAGGUGGCCAUCACCCACCUGCCUCUGGGCACCAAGCCGGACAGCGAGGAGGCCAAGGACCCGCUCAAUCCGCAUCAGCGCAUCACCCUCGAGCAGGCCCUGCGUGCCUACACCCUCGGCUCGGCCUACGCCGGCUUUCUGGACAAGGAGACGGGCAGCAUCGAGGUGGGCAAGGCGGCCGACAUCAUCGUGCUGGACAAGAACCUGUUCGAGAUCCCGACGCACGACAUCCACACAGCCAAGGUCACCCACACCUUUGUAGACGGAGCGCUGGUCUACGCCGCUUCUUCGUCUUAA